UUUUUUCCCUUUAACAGAAGGUGGCAACAGGAUUUAUAAAAGUGAAUUUUUAAAGAAGGUGAAAAAGAGAAGGAAAAUGCCGAAACCAAUCAAUGUAAGAGUAACCACAAUGGAUGCUGAGCUGGAAUUUGCCAUCCAGCCCAAUACAACUGGCAAACAACUUUUUGACCAGGUGGUGAAAACAGUUGGUUUGCGUGAGGUCUGGUUUUUUGGGCUGCAGUACGUGGACAGCAAAGGUUAUUCUACAUGGCUUAAACUAAAUAAAAAGGUGACACAGCAAGAUGUUAAAAAAGAGAAUCCUUUACAGUUCAAAUUUAGAGCUAAGUUCUUUCCUGAAGAUGUUUCUGAGGAAUUAAUUCAAGAAAUAACCCAGAGACUUUUCUUCUUGCAAGUUAAAGAAGCUAUCUUAAAUGAUGAGAUAUAUUGCCCACCAGAAACUGCAGUCCUUUUGGCUUCCUAUGCUGUCCAAGCCAAGUACGGAGAUUAUAACAAAGAGAUUCACAAACCAGGCUACCUGGCUAAUGAUAGACUCCUACCCCAGCGUGUUUUGGAACAACACAAAUUGACAAAAGAGCAGUGGGAAGAAAGAAUACAGAACUGGCAUGAAGAACACAGAGGAAUGCUAAGGGAGGAUUCUAUGAUGGAAUACCUGAAAAUUGCACAAGAUCUAGAAAUGUAUGGAGUCAACUAUUUUGAAAUAAAAAAUAAAAAAGGAACUGAAUUGUGGCUGGGUGUUGAUGCCCUGGGUCUGAACAUUUAUGAGCAUGAUGACAAGUUAACACCUAAAAUUGGUUUUCCCUGGAGUGAAAUCAGAAAUAUUUCAUUUAAUGACAAAAAAUUUGUCAUAAAGCCAAUCGACAAAAAGGCACCUGAUUUUGUUUUUUAUGCGCCUCGUCUGAGAAUCAAUAAGCGGAUUUUGGCCUUGUGUAUGGGAAACCAUGAACUGUACAUGCGAAGAAGGAAGCCUGAUACUAUUGAAGUACAGCAGAUGAAGGCUCAGGCGAGGGAGGAGAAACAUCAGAAGCAGUUGGAGAGGGCGCAGUUAGAGAAUGAAAAGAAGAAAAGAGAAAUAGCAGAAAAGGAAAAGGAAAGAAUAGAACGUGAGAAGGAAGAGCUAAUGGAGCGUCUACGGCAAAUAGAAGAGCAGACCUUGAAAGCCCAGAAAGAACUGGAAGAACAGACUAGAAAAGCUCUGGAACUGGACCAGGAACGAAAACGAGCGAAAGAAGAAGCGGAAAGGCUUGAAAAGGAGCGACAGGCUGCGGAGGAGGCCAAGUCGGCGAUCGCGAAGCAGGCUGCCGACCAGAUGAAGAACCAGGAACAGCUCGCAGCAGAACUUGCCGAAUUCACUGCCAGGAUUACACUUCUGGAAGUAGCCAAGAGGAAGAAAGAAGAGGAAGCUAAUGAGUGGCAACAAAAAGCUUAUGCAGCCCAGGAAGAUUUGGAAAAGACCAAAGAAGAGUUAAAGAGCGUGAUGUCUGCCCCCCCUCCACCUCCACCACCAGUCGUUCCUCCAACAGAAAAUGAGCAUGAUGAGCAUGAUGAGAGUAAUGCUGAGGCCAGUGCCGAGUUAUCCAGCGAUGGGGUGGUGAACCAUAGAAGUGAGGAGCAGCGCGUCACGGAAACACAGAAAAACGAGCGUGUUAAGAAGCAACUCCAGGCAUUAAGUUCAGAAUUAGCCCAAGCCAGAGAUGAAACUAAGAAAACACAGAAUGAUGUUCUUCACGCUGAGAACGUCAAAGCGGGCCGAGAUAAAUACAAGACUCUGCGGCAGAUUCGACAAGGCAACACGAAGCAGCGUAUUGAUGAGUUUGAAGCAAUGUGAGAGCUGUUCUUUUGCAUACAUGUUCUUCAUAAGCUGAACCACGAACAGAGAAAAGCAGGCCUUUGCAGAUGUGAUGGAAUGCAUCCCACCUUGCCAAAGCACUUAUACCAGUUUGACUGUGGUGGCUAAAGACGUAUUUAAGGGGAGCUUUCAACAUUAAGGCAGUGUGACAUCAUGCUUGGUUUUCUUUUUCUUUUGAGCCAGGGGAUGGAGAACAGUGUUCAUCACCUCCUUUCAUAUUUUGCAUUUUCAAUUUUUUUUUCCUGUUGAAGAUUAACACUAAUUAUCAUGUCUGACAAAUGUGUAUGUGUGAUUUAAGCACUUUGUACAUUUUGAAGGGUGAUGGUGAUUCAGUGAGUGUUUAGGUUGAAUACUGCGUUUUCCCUUGCCCCCUCCAUAUUUUACCUCCAUGUAGCUCCAUUCUCAUCAUGUUUUUGCAGUGGCCCCUCUCACAUUUAGCCAUGCCCAUAGCCUCACUCUGCUACCUACAGAUCAUUGGCAGUGUUGCACAUGAGGGGUAGGCCACAGGUGCACAGUCUUGAUCGUUGUGUGGAAGAUGACUGUGAAUCAUGAAAAGAUUAGAAAGUUGAACAGUGUAGUGUGCAACUGGUGGUUAAUUUUUUUAAUCCCAAUUUUAUUACAUUAUUGGAUAUUUGGUACUUACUGAGUCAUCUCUGACAGCUGAAUUGAUUGGUGUUUCAUCUUCUGUUAUCCUUUGGGUUUCUUUGCCUCCCGAUUCACAAAGGUGUAGACAGCAGGUAGUAGUUCCUUAGGAGAGUUAAUUGGUAAAUACUACCUGCAAAUAGCAUCCAAAAGAUUUUAAAAGUUUUGCUCUUUCAUAGAUUGGUUUAGGCAAACAGACAUGUAAUAAAAGAAAAUACACAUUUGUUGGUAAUUGAUUAAAAUCAUUAAAAACCCUGGACCUUCCUGGAAGGGGGAGCAUAUGCAAACAUCAGUCCCAUGCGAGGACAGUAAUGCUACCUCCCUGCUACACCUGCGAUGACUGGCUGUUCAAACACAAUAGUGUGCCCAAGCUCUAUGUUUUAUAAUACACAGUAAUACUUCAAUCAUGAACGACUGUUCGAGGGUUUUUUCCCCCCUCAGAAUAUCUUAAGAGGGCUACAUUUCUAACUGCCUUUUUGUUGAGCUGAAUUGUGGGACACUGAAUUGUAUUGAAAUUGUAAGCUCUCACUGGUAUACUAUCUUCCUGGAGAGGAGUUGUAUGUCUGGGUGUGUGUGUGUGUGUGUGUGUGUGUGUGUGUGUGUGUAUGAGAGAGAGAGAUGUUUGUAGCAUGUGAAGAGUGUACCUUCAUUUCUUGAUAAUUGUUACAUAAUCAUUCAGUACAUUUGGUUCUUAAAUCAUUGGCUUAUUUCUUUUUCAGUCUCUUAAGAGUACUUAAAUUUGGUUUGUUAAUCCUGUUUUAGAAAUUACAAUUUUAGGUAAUAUUAAGUUCAAUUAUGUCUUAAGAAAUCUUUCCAGUUUGAAAGAUGUUCUAAUAUUCACAUGUUCUAACAUUUCUUUAUUGUAAAAUCUGGAUUUGGAUAUAAGGAAAGCCUUGUUUUCUCUGUGUGGUUCAGCUACUUUUCAUUUGGUAUUAUGCAUUCAAAUUGACAUUUAUCUUUUAAAAUUGCCAUUUUAUUAAGACAUUUUCAUGCACAGUGGAUUCAAAUUGUGUCUGAAAAUAUCUCUUGUGCUUUUUUGAUUUUGCUGACUUUAAAAGGAUUAAUCUGGGCAGACAUUAUGAAAAGGAAAGGUUGCAUUUAAUAUAUUUUUUGGACUUUGUAGGACAAAAUAUAACUGGUUAACCUUGAAGUGACUGUUGUACAGUGGUUGUGCACAUGCUUCAAAGCACUGUGGGAGAGACUGUUUCUACUUCCACACGUUGGAGGAAUGCACGGCGAGCCCUGCUUGCCGUUCAUGCUGCAAGGCAUACAUUUUUACUUCUCCAAAGCACUAAAGCAGUUGCCAUGACGGGGAAACGUGGACUACCAUUGGAUUUUUAUUAAUUUUCUUCAUUUUGAAUUGUGUGCACUACCAUUGCUACAUCAGUUUGAUAUCAGUGUUGAAAAAUUACCAGUUAUAUUGGCUGUUUAUAAUCUAUUUGUAGAUUAGGAUUAAAAUGGAGUUAAUCCAUUUUUAAAGCUGUGUGAAUUUUUCUAAACAGGAACGAUUAUUUGCAAUAUGGAUUUUCAUAGUGAUUAAACCAAUUAUAACUUUUAUUAUUAGCAGUUGAGAGCACAUGUUCAUAUAGCAAUGUAAAAAUAUAUUAAUGAGUAUUUGGUAAAUUCCAACAGGCUUUUACCAUUAGUAUAACUGUGUUGUACAAUUAAGUUACAGUUACAUCUAUAAUUUUGGAUAACAUUCAUUGGUUAACAAUAAAGUGACAAAAACUCA